GCUCGCAAGCUCAGAUGUGUGCUCGGGAGGAGCAAAAAUAAAUAAACAAAACAAAAACUUCGACAAAAAAUAAAAGCUUAUAACAUUAGCGAGCACAUCUAGUACUUUUUUGUUUUAUUUUAAUUAUUUUAUUUGUACAUAUUCUAAGGGUGGAGUUAAUUAUCUCCAAUUUUACUUGAACUAGGAAACAACUAUUUCCACAUUUUGGCAACCAUGGGAAGAGGAGAUGGACGAGAGCAGUAUGAGCUGGCUGCUACCACGGAGCAGGGCAGCAAGAAGAAGACAAAGGGGGAGAAGAAAAAGAAGGAUAUGGAUGAACUCAAAAAGGAAGUGGAUAUGGAAGAUCACAAGCUGACCCUGGAUGAGCUCAGUCGCAAAUACGAAACAGACCUCAGCAAUGGUUUGACCGGCGCCAGAUCUGCUGAGAUUCUGGCUCGCGAUGGGCCCAACGCCCUCACGCCUCCUCCCACCACACCGGAAUGGGUUAAAUUCUGCAAGCAGAUGUUUGGCGGUUUCUCCAUGUUGCUUUGGACCGGCGCCGUCCUCUGUUUUCUGGCUUACGGCAUUCAGGCUGCAAUGGAGGAGGAGCCAGCAAACGAUAAUUUGUAUCUCGGCGUCGUUCUGUCUGCUGUUGUCAUUAUCACUGGAUGCUUCUCCUACUACCAAGAGGCCAAGAGCUCCAAAAUCAUGGACUCCUUCAAAAACCUGGUCCCACAGCAAGCUCUGGUCGUCCGCGAUGGCGAGAAGAAGAGCAUCAACGCUGAGGAAGUGGUGGUCGGCGAUCUGGUGGAGGUGAAGGGCGGAGACAGAAUCCCCGCAGAUCUGCGAAUCAUUUCCGCCAACGGCUGCAAGGUGGACAACUCCUCUCUGACUGGUGAAUCUGAGCCUCAGACUCGCACUCCGGACUUCUCUAACGAAAACCCGCUGGAGACCAGGAACAUCGCUUUCUUCUCCACCAACUGUGUUGAAGGAACCGCCCGCGGGAUUGUGAUCAGCACCGGAGACCGUACCGUCAUGGGUCGCAUCGCCACGCUGGCCUCCGGACUGGAAGUGGGUCGAACCCCCAUCUCCAUUGAGAUCGAGCACUUCAUCCACAUCAUCACCGGCGUGGCCGUAUUCCUCGGUGUGUCCUUCUUCAUCCUCUCCCUCAUCCUUGGAUACACCUGGCUGGAAGCCGUCAUCUUCCUCAUUGGUAUCAUCGUCGCCAACGUGCCGGAAGGUCUUCUAGCUACAGUGACCGUGUGUCUGACCCUGACCGCCAAGCGAAUGGCCAAGAAGAAUUGCUUGGUGAAGAACCUGGAAGCGGUGGAGACCCUCGGCUCCACCUCCACCAUCUGCUCUGACAAGACCGGCACCCUGACCCAGAACAGGAUGACCGUGGCGCACAUGUGGUUCGACAACCAGAUCCACGAGGCCGACACCACCGAGAACCAGAGCGGCACCACCUUCGACCGGAGCUCAGCCACCUGGACCGCUCUGGCUAGAAUCGCCGGACUCUGUAACCGAGCCGUCUUCCUGGCAGAACAGAGCAACAUUCCCAUAUUGAAGAGAGAUGUGGCCGGCGACGCGUCGGAGUCCGCUCUGCUGAAGUGCAUCGAGCUUUGCUGCGGCUCGGUCCAGGAAAUGAGAGACAGAAGCCCCAAAAUCGCAGAGAUCCCGUUCAACUCCACCAACAAAUACCAGCUUUCCAUUCAUAAGAACUCGGCGUCUGAUUCCGAGUCCAAGCAUCUUUUGGUGAUGAAGGGAGCCCCAGAGAGGAUUUUGGACCGCUGCUCCACCAUCAUGAUGCAGGGCAAAGAGCAGCCUCUGGACGACGAGAUGAAGGACGCGUUCCAAAACGCCUACUUGGAGCUGGGAGGUCUGGGGGAAAGAGUGCUGGGUUUCUGCCACUUCAACCUGCCCGAUGAGCAGUUCCCAGAGGGCUUUGCUUUUGACACUGAGGAGGUGAACUUCCCCACGGAGAACCUGUGCUUCAUUGGCCUCAUGUCCAUGAUUGACCCUCCUCGUGCCGCUGUACCAGACGCCGUGGGCAAAUGCAGGAGCGCUGGAAUCAAGGUAAUCAUGGUUACAGGUGAUCAUCCAAUCACAGCAAAGGCCAUUGCUAAGGGCGUGGGCAUCAUCUCUGAGGGCAACGAAACCGUUGAAGACAUUGCUGCACGCCUGAACAUCCCAAUCAAUGAAGUAAAUCCAAGAGAUGCAAAGGCCUGUGUAGUGCACGGGGGGGACUUGAAGGACCUGGCCCCCGAGCAGCUGGACGACAUUUUGAAAUACCACACCGAGAUUGUUUUCGCCCGGACCUCCCCCCAACAAAAACUGAUCAUCGUGGAAGGCUGUCAGAGACAGGGAGCCAUUGUGGCGGUGACAGGUGACGGUGUAAACGACUCUCCCGCCCUAAAGAAAGCCGACAUCGGCGUUGCCAUGGGGAUCGCCGGAUCUGACGUCUCCAAGCAAGCCGCCGACAUGAUCCUGCUGGACGACAACUUUGCUUCUAUCGUCACCGGAGUGGAAGAAGGUCGUCUGAUCUUUGACAACUUGAAGAAAUCCAUCGCUUACACUCUGACCAGUAACAUCCCGGAGAUCACCCCCUUCCUCCUCUUCAUCAUCGCCAACAUCCCUCUGCCUCUGGGAACCGUCACCAUCCUCUGCAUCGAUCUGGGAACUGACAUGGUUCCAGCCAUCUCCCUGGCCUAUGAAGCAGCCGAGAGCGACAUCAUGAAGAGGCAGCCCCGAAACCCCAAAACGGACAAACUGGUGAACGAGAGGCUCAUCAGCAUCGCUUACGGACAAAUCGGAAUGAUCCAAGCUCUGGCUGGAUUCUUCACCUAUUUUGUCAUUUUGGCUGAAAACGGCUUCCUGCCCUCCACCCUGGUUGGCAUUCGAGUUUUUUGGGAUAACAAAUACAUCAACGACCUGGAGGACAGCUAUGGACAGCAGUGGACGUACGAGCAGAGAAAGAUCGUAGAGUUCACCUGUCACACGGCCUUCUUCGCCAGCAUCGUCAUUGUCCAGUGGGCCGAUCUGAUCAUCUGCAAAACCAGGAGGAACUCCGUCUUCCAGCAGGGCAUGAAGAACAAGAUCCUGAUCUUUGGGCUGUUUGAGGAGACCGCCCUGGCCGCCUUCCUCUCCUAUUGUCCAGGCAUGGACGUGGCUCUCAGGAUGUACCCUCUGAAGCCCAACUGGUGGUUCUGCGCCUUCCCAUACUCCCUGCUCAUCUUCAUCUAUGAUGAAAUCCGUAAACUGAUCCUCAGACGCAGCCCAGGAGGCUGGGUGGAACGCGAGACCUACUAUUAACGACCCGUCAGCCUGCCAGUCCAAUCAGCUCGCAUCUUCUCCUCCACUCCCACAUUUGCAUGAAAAUUGUCUUGCAGCUCGGAGUAAAAAAUGUUAACCUCUGUGAAAAUAAAUUGGAACGUGUUUUUUAUAUUAGGGAAUGCUUGAUACUACUAUUAGACAAAUACUGAGAUGGAACGUGCUGAUGAUGAUGAUGAUAGAUGGUAAUGCUAAUAAUGACAUGAACACUGAACAUUGACAUGACUAUGCGUGCCUUGUUUCUGAAACAGGACCAAUUUUAUACAUGUUUUUAACAAUUAUGAACGUUCAAUAAAAAUGCGCUCGAGUCAGGUCCCACAAGUGA